AUGAUGGGUGACAAUAGACCCUCGGACCACCUCAGACCCAUGGAAUUUCUCAACAUUCACCUGGAAGACAAUCUACAGCCCCGCCCAGGGACACAUCCAAAUAAAAUACAUGGCCAUCCAGGCCCUUCUGAGCCUAGCCAGGAACACUCCUGGCCCUUUGACCCCCCGGAAUCCACCAGGACUGAUGCUCAUCAUGGUAGUUCUGGUGUGGAGACCACUCGCCUGGGAAGCUGCCCUUUUGAGGGGGAGGCCAGACAGACUCCAGCAUCACUGUGCUCAGGGGGGGACAACCGCUCUUUGGGGAGUCCACAGCAGCAGAACCCGAGCUCAUCCACACAGGUGGUAUUCUGGGCUGGCAUCCUGCAGGCCCAGAUGUGUGUCCUGGACCUGGAGGAGGAGCUGGAGAAAACCGAGGGACUCAAGGCAGAACUGAGGUGCUGCAUCCCCCCACCCACCAAGGAUUUCCUUAGUGAUGUGGGCCUGAGCCCCAGCCUGCACAAGGAGGAUGAAGACCCUGGAGAUGACAGCAGUGAGCCUGAAGAGGAAAACCAGGCCUGGCCAAGGGAGCAAAUGCCAGGUUCCUCCCCCGAAUGGGGUGCUGAGGAGGACAGCAUCUUCUUUGACAAUCCCCUCUUCCUGGAGAGCCCUGUCUCAGACACCAGUACUGAAGGAGAAUGCUUUUCCUGGGGUUAUCCAGAUUCCCACCCAGAUAUGAAGCCUCAUAGCCCUCAAGCCCUGCAUUCUUCACUCCAAGAAGACACAGGGCUCUCGGGGCCAGGAAGUGAGCUGGACUUGGGGAGCAGCACUGCUGAUCACAGUGGGUGUGCCACCCCGCCAUUCCCUGUGCCUUCCUAUAAGCUGCACCCCUGCUUGGCCUUAGAGUCCAUUGAAGGGGUUCCCAUAGUACCGCCUGAUCAGGAGGGUGAGACUUCUCCGGAAGAUGAUCAUAGCUCUGGCUCACCUAAGGCGCCCUCUGUGGAUCAUGAAUUCAUCCAGGAAUCAGAUAACUUUGGAUUUGACCUUAGUCCUGCCACCACACAUCCUGUGCAGCCUUGGGGCUCACAGACACCACAGAGCCUCUUGGAUCUGGCUCCACCCAGAUCCAAGGAUCUGCAGACAGAAGAUCCUUCCCGGCCCCAGGAGCCUCUUACCUCCCAGAAUGGAGGUGAGAAGGAUGCUGGCUGCUUCCAGGAGCCUGUGCCCUGCACCUUGGCCCCCUGCGGGAGCCAAACCUCUUCACUGGAGCCCAGCAGGCCCAGCCCAGUGUCUUCGCAGAAAGGCAGUCCACAAAUCGAGCUCCACAGCCCCAAGUGGCCACAAGAUGCUUCAUACCCUUUGCUCCCGGAGAAGGAUGAAUCAAAGUUAAGUUCCCUGAAGAUAGAGGAGACAGAGGAAGCCCCAAACCUAAGGCAGGAGGCAGAAUGUGAAGAUCCAGCCAGGACUGAGGGAGAUUCAGCUGCCAGAUACCAUGUUCGCUUGACUUCUGCUGAAGGGCUUCCUGGGAGCCCCAAGGCCCAAGCUCAAUUUCCAGAGGAAGGCUGGAGGCCAUCAUCUAGAGACAAGUUGGCUAAUAACAACAGAAAUGACAAGGGGGCCUGGGACCUAGCCUUGCGUCUCUAUCACCUGGAUGGUUUCCGGAAGUCUGAAGUGGCCUCCCACCUACGCAAGAACAAUGACUUCAGCAGGGCUGUGGCUGAGGCAUACUUGUCCUUCUUCCAUUUCGAAGGCCAGAGCCUGGACCGAGCCCUCCGGGGGUUUCUCCAGGCCCUGGUGCUCAGUGGAGAGACUCAGGAACGGGAACGAAUUCUCUACCAGUUUUCCAAACGCUUCCAUUACUGCAAUCCUGGGGCCUUCCCCUCAGUAGAUUCUAUACACACUUUGACUUGUGCCAUCAUGCUUCUUAACACAGACCUGCAUGGACAGAACAUUGGAAAGAGCAUGAGCUGCCAGGAAUUCAUAACCAACCUGAAUGGGCUGCAGGAUGGCAGGAACUUCCCCAAGGAGCUGCUGAAGGCCCUCUACUGGUCCAUCCGAAGUGAGAAACUUGAGUGGGCUGUAGAUGAAGAGGAUGCAGCCAGACCUGAGAAGGACCAGCCCUCUCCUUCAGCUGGCAAGAUAAGCAGCCCCUUCCUCCAGAUGGCUCAGGACCCCACAGUGCCCACCUAUAAGCAGGGCAUCCUGGCUCGGAAGAUGCAUCACGAUGCUGAUGGCAAGAAGACGCCAUGGGGCAAGCGAGGCUGGAAGAUGUUUCACACCUUACUGAGAGGGAUGGUUCUCUACUUUCUGAAGGGAGAGGACCCCUGGCUGGAUGGGCAGAGUCUGGUGGGAAAUCUGGUGGAUGAGCCCGUGGGAGUGCACCACUCGCUAGCCAGCCCAGCCACCCACUAUACCAAGAGGCCAUACGUCUUCCAGCUUCGGACUGCAGACUGGCGUCUCUACCUCUUCCAGGCUCCCACAGCCAAAGAAAUGGCUUCCUGGAUUGCACGCAUCAACCUGGCGGCCGCCACACACUCAGCACCCCCCUUUCCAGCAGCAGUGGGCUCCCAGCGUAGAUUCGUGAGGCCCAUCCUGCCCAUGAGCCCGGCCCAGAGUUCCCUGGAGGAGCAGCAUCGAUCGCACGAGAACUGCCUGGAUGCUGCCUCCGAUGACCUGUUGGAUUUGCAGAGGAACCUGCCCGAACGACGGGGCCGCAGCCGCGAGCUGGAGGAGUACCGCUUGCGGAAAGAGUAUCUGGAGCACGAGAAAACUCGAUACGAGACAUAUGUGCAGCUGCUGGUGUCCCGCCUACACUUUCCUCUGGGGGACCUGGCUCUGUGGGAAGAUCAGCUUGGGAGGGAAGCUGAAGGCACUCCAGAGCUGAAGCCCAGCCUGAAGAAGUCCCACUCAAGCCCAUCCCUGCACCAGGAGGAGGCCCCCACCACAGCCAAGGUGAAACGCAACAUCUCAGAGCGCAGAACAUACCGGAAGAUCAUCCCCAAGAGGAACCGAAAUCAGUUGUGA